AUGUCAGAAUUCCCUCCUAACUUAUCUAUUCGACCUUUGACUACCGAAGAUUUAGACCAAUGUGUUUCAUUGGAAGAAUCAGGUUUCGAUGAACAUGAAAGAGCUUCUGCUGAGAAAUUGAAAUAUAGAUUAACUGUUUGUCCUGAAUUAUGUUCAGGUUUAUUCAUUAGAGAAUACGGAUACAAAUACAAUGCUAUAAAUUUACCUGAAGUAGCUGACAAAUUAGACAAAGAUCAUUCAGACAAAGUUAAAUCCGGCGAAAUCAAAGCCGAUGAUGAUAAUGAAGAUUUAGAAGAUUUACCUAUAAAGUCUUCUGUCACCAAAGAGAUUUUAAUUGGUCAUAUAAUUGGUACUAAGAUUCCUGAAUCCAAAAUUACUGAUGGUUCCAUGGCUUUACCUUUAGGUGAUGAUAAGACUGGACAUAUUGAAAACUCAAGAUUCAUUGGAAUCCAUUCUUUAGUUAUUGAUCCAAAAUAUCAAAAUAAGAGUUUAGGUACUUUAUUGAUUCAUGAUUAUAUUCAAAAAUUAUCCAACCAAGAUUUAGGUGAUAAGGUUUCCUUACUUGCUAAAUCACAAUUGGUGCCAUUUUACCAAAAAAUUGGAUUUGACGAUUUGGGAGAAAGUGACUGUAAGUUUGGUGGAACUACAUGGAAUGAUUUAUCCAUGGAUUUAGUUCCUGAAGAUGAUGAUUAA